AUGCCUGCCUCGAGAGUCACUUCUCUGAGUGCGAGCGCCCUGAACGCUCUCAACGCCCAAAAUGAUGCUGACGGUGACGUCACUUGGCCACUGCAAGGGCUUAGAGUACAAGACGACGAUGACCAGUUGGUUAUUGGAAUUGACUUUGGCACGACGUUCUCUGGCGUCGCCUGGGCCACCCCCGAGCAUUUCGAAGCAGACCAAAUCAACCUCAUAAGCGCAUGGCCUGGCACCGGCCGAGAAGAAGGAAAGGCGCCAACGGAACUCCUCUACGAUGAAGGGAGAACAAUGUGGGGAUACACCAUACCCGGCGGGGCCGAUACCGUCCGCGGGUUCAAACUUCUGCUCCUUCACGAUGAAGACCUGACCGAAGACAUCAAAGCGUCGGAAUUCUUCCUGCGAGCGCGCAGGAUGCUGAGGGAUACUGGGAAAACACCCGUUGGUUUGAUUGCGGACUAUCUCCGCGCACUUUGGCAGCAUACGAUGGAUACCAUCAGCAAGGCUCUUGGGGACUUUGUUGUGGACGGGCUUCGGUUCCACGUGGUGAUUACUGUCCCGGCAAUCUGGAAAGCAUAUGCAAGGCAAAGUAUGCAAGAUGCAGCGAAGAGUGCGGGCAUACUAAAGUCGAGGAAGGCGGGCGAGACGACGCUGAGUUUUGUUCCUGAGCCGGAAGCUGCGGCGCUUUCUACGCUCUGCGAGCGUGGACGGAGGAUUAAAAAGGGCGAUGUCUAUGUUAUCUGUGAUGCUGGUGGUGGGACGGUGGAUUUGAUCAGCUACGAGGUCAAAGACACCAACCCGAUAGCGAUGCGGGAGGCAGUCGAGGGAAGAGGAGGGUUAUGUGGCGGUCUACUCAUUGAUGAAGCCUUUGAGGCUAUAUGCAAACGCCGGCUCGGGCGACGCUGGGACAAUCUCAGCAAGAAAGGAAUCAACGACGUGAUGAGAGGGGAGUGGGAACAGUACAUUAAGCCGCAGUUCAAGCCUGGAUCUACUCACGGCGAUUGGAUUGUUGGAAUCCCGGCAGAGGCAUUUGGCAGGUCUAAUCUUGAUGAUAUGAGCAAACAGCCGUACAUCAAACAAGGCCGAAUUCAUUUUCGAGACUGCGAUAUUGAACAGGCCUUUACAAGCUCGUUUGCUGGUAUCGACGCGCUGGUUGAUAAGCAGAUCCAGAAAGCAAAACAAGAGUCUCUGCAGGUGAAGUCUAGGGAAUCAUCCUGGUUGGCGGUCUAG